AUGAUAACUCUUAGGGAAACAAUUGAGGAGUUGGGAUACAAUAUGUUAGACACCUUUAAAUAUUUCACCCCUACUGGUAGUGACACCAUAUUUGAAUUAAGUAAUGAUAGCGAUUGUUGGGCUAUUUGCGAUGUUGGAAUGUUUCCCAAAGAGAUUGAGGUUUGGGUAGUAGGUGGUGGAGAAGGUGAGGGUGAAGCACCAUCAGUAGAAAGUGAGGGUGAGUCAGAAUCUGGGGAUUAUUUAGAUGAGUUUGAGAACAGUGGUGAUGAAGUGGGAAAUGAUGACCUAGAGUUUGAGGCCAAUGUUGAUAACAAUGUGGAGUUUGAUGGGGUAAGAGAAAGUGAACAACUUGUUGAUGGGGAGAGUACUAGGGUUGUAGACAAUGAUCAUGGUCUACAAUUGUCUGAUGAAGAUAGUGCUAAGGACAGUGAUGAAGAAGGCAACAUGAAAUGGCCAGAAUUUAGGGCUACCACUCAAAUGCGUUCCCCAAAAUUCUGUGUUGGUUUAACAUUUGCAUCAAAGGUAGAAUUCAAAGAUGCAGUCCACAAUUAUGGUUUCAACAAUGGUAAGGAAUUGAAGUUUAUUAGGAAUGACAAAGAGAGGGUCUAUGUUAGAUGUAAACAAGCUGGUUGCCCUUUCAGAAUUAAUCUUUGGAAAGUUAAAAAUGCCUUGUCAUGGAGAAUUGCCAGUUAUAAUGAAUUGCAUGAUGGCUGUGGUUGGGUUUAUGAGAACACCAUGGUGAAAUCAACUAGGAUUGCAAAGAGAUGGAUGAAAGAGAUUGGUGGCAACAGCAACUGGACCACUGCAGAAUUUAGAGAGAGGGUCAAAGCAGAUGAGGGGUUUGAUUUGUCCACCAAGCAAGCCUAUAGAGCUAUGAAAAAAGCAAAGCAAAUCAUUGAAGGAGAAGCUAUUGAAUUUUUCAACAAAAUAUGGAGCUACAAGUUAGAGAUUGAAAAAACAAACCCUAACACUACAUGCAAGGUGAAGGUCAGUGACUUACUGUAUGAAGAAAAACCUAGGUUUCUAAGGAUGUAUUUCUGUUGGGAGGCUUCAAAGGAGGGAUAUAAGUUCUGUAGGAAGCUAAUUGGAGUUGAUGGUUGUCAUUUAAAAACUAAAUUUGGAGGUCAAUUAUUAACAGCUAUUGGGAUUGAUGGGAAUGCCAGUAUCUUCCCACUGGCUUAUGCCAUUGUUGAAGGAGAAACCAAGGAUUCAUGGAUCUGGUUCUUGAAUUUCAUUAAAACAGACCUAGAAAUCACUCGUGAAGCAGAACAGCAGCUUACAUUUAUCUCAGACAAACAGAAAGGGCUUCUUCCAGCUUUUGACGAAGUGUUUCCAUAUGCCUCACAUAGAUUUUGUGUGAGGCAUCUUCAUGGGAACAUGAAGCUUGGAGGAUUUCUAGGCAAAGCAAUGAAGGAUGCACUCUGGACAAUAGCCAAGGCAACUACAGUUAACAGCUUCAGAGAAGCUAUGGCAGAAAUUAGGAAGUUGGAUGAAGAGGCAUAUCAGUGGCUAGGAGAUAAACACCCUUCAGAAUGGUCAAGGUCACAUUUCACUCCCUUUGCUAGAAGUGAUGCCUUAGUUAACAACAUUUCUGAAAGUUUCAAUGCACUUAUACUAGAUGCAAGGAAACAACCUCUGAUUUCUUGUCUUGAAACUAUUAGGAAAAUAUUGAUGACAAAGUUCUUUGAAAAUAAACAGAAACCUGUGAAAUGGAAAGGACCUUUCUGUCCUAACAUUAUGAAAAAGAUAGAUUCAGUUGAGAAGGAUGCCAGUGGGUGUUUAGGGAAUCAAGCAAAUGAAAACUUAUUUGAGAUAAGACAUGGUAAUGUUCCAGUACAUCAUUAUGUAGACCCUUGCUACUCUAUUACCAACUACUUGAAUACAUAUGGGGGAAGGAUUAAGCCAUUGUCUGGUCCUAAAGAAUGGCCCAUUUCAAACCAAGAACCACCAUUGCCUCCAUUGUACACUAGCAAGCCUGGAAGACCAAGAAAGUUGAGGAAGAUAGACAGAGAUGAAAGCACACAUGUUAACACACAUGAACUGUGA